AUGAUUAAGAGGAGAUAUAAAUAUUUCUUGAUCAUAUGGAAGAACUACAGCGAGUGCUUAAAGAAUAGAGUGUAUAAAAUAUCUUUAAUCAUUUGUAUCAUAGAGAUUGAUGUUGGCUACAAUCUUGAAGAAAAAUUCAGCUAAGCUGGUACUAAAAGAAAGUUGAAAUUAUAGAAGCUGAACAAAAUAAUCAUUAUUUUACCAAAUCUUUCACUUAGCUAGAGUUGA